AGGUUUGUAGGCUAUCUUCAUGUUGUAUUAUCUCUAGGCAGACUUUGGCUCUCGGGCUCUCUUUGGAUCUCGGGCAAUCUUUUUCUUUAAAAAAAAAACUUCACUACGAUCGUCUUUAUCAUUAAGUGUUGCUAGAUCUAACAUUAAAUUUAGAACUACAUGUAUUUGUCUUUUGCUUAAAAUAAAUGCCAAGAGGAGACGAUUCACUUCACGAUUGCCAUUACUGACAAAAUUCAGGAGGAACAGAAGACUGCAAGUCCAGAAUGUUGAGGUCAAAAAGAGACCUUGACAAAGGAUGGGCUUGGGUGGUACUAGGAGUUUCCUUCUUGAGCAUCUUGCUUACUUCAGGAAUCUCUUUUGUCUCUGGAAUUUUCCAGAAACUCUUUCUGGAAGAGUUUCAGGAGAGUGUGGCCUUCACUGCCUGGGUUACGUCUCUCUUCUCAUCAUUCAUGCAACUUGCAGGUCCACUUUCUGGUAUCUUGGUGUCAUCCACUAGCUGCAGAACCACUGUCAUGGUGGGUGGGGCUCUCUUGACCUUGGGACUAGCAGCAAGCAGUUUUGCCAAGUCUAUGUCUUUCCUGUUUGUCACCUUUGGCCUCUGUGGAGGCAUAGGACUUGGACUUUUGUAUACCCCAUCCAUUGUUGUUGUUAAUUUAUUCUUUGACCGUCGGCGAACAGUCAUCACAGGCGUAGCAAUGUCAGCAGGAGGUGUUGGCAUAAUUGGAGCACCUGUACUGUCACGCUACCUCAUCGAUCACUUCACCUGGCAGGAGGCACUGCUCGUGCUUGCCUGUUUAGCAGCACAAACCUGUGUCUUUGGUGCUUUGAUGUUUCCCAUCCAUGAAUCAACCACCAAAUGUGUGCAGCUUUAUCAUAGGUGCUUGAAAAGACACAGAAAGAAUAAUUCAGAUCUGAUUCAAGUACAAUACAAAGAAGUGCAUGAAAUAGCUUUGUCUGAUCAAUGUAAGGAAGAAAAUGAAGAUGAAACGAGAAAUGAAGAGAGACUUGAGAGACAACAUAGUAAAGUGAAUCUCAAUUUCAAUUCAUUACCACAUUCCUCAGAAUUUGAAGAUGGAGACAUUGCCAUGCAACUACAAGAAGAACAUUUAGCAACUAAUUGUGGUUAUCCAGUGCAGAGACGUGAUGCACAUUUUCUUGAGCAAGAAGGACUCAAUGAUGGCUGCACAAAACAUGAAAAUGGUGAAUCAGUUCUCCUGAGUGAUACAGAAAGUAAGGAAGAUGAGGCUUCUCCUUUGGUCCAGAACUUUGUUAGCAUAGAUGGGACAACAGUUAAGUCACCAACCAACACCAAUAACAUUGAGUCCAGGGAGUCAAUAACUGAAGCCCACCUUGUGAACAGAAAGGCAGCAACUCAAGAUGUGACAACAGCUGAUUGUCAUAGUGUGUCACGAUUUUCCAGCAUACACAAUUUGGAAGGUGCUGGACUACAGUCUACUUUCUCUGGAUCUAAAACUAGUGUUUGCCCUGAAGCAAGCGGAGAAAAUAAGUCUAAUUUGGCUGUCUUCAAAAAUAUUCCUUUCAUCAUGCUGUGUGUGAAUCUUUUCCUGGCAAAUGCGGCAUGUGGAAUUUUUAACAUUCACUUGCCAGCAUUUUCAGAACAGCGAGGUAUAAAUGACCAAACUGUGGCCUUCAUUCUUGCUUUGGAUGGUGUGGCUGUGUUCUUGUCACGCAUCCUACUUGGAGCUCUUGGCCAUGAUGAAAAAGUUGACCAGUUGGCUGUCUACUUUGGUCUUCAUGUUAUUUCUGCAUUUAUACAGACAAUGCUGUCAUUUGCCAACAGUGUCGCAUCAGUCGUGGCUAUGGUUAUGCUGAUGGGAAUUUACUAUGGCAGUGUUUAUACUCUCCUCUCCCCACUCACCAUAGCUCUUGUUGGACUUCAAAAACUGGCUUUUGCCUUUGGUGUGGAGAUGAUAAGUGCUGGUUUUGGCUAUCUUGUGGCGCCACCUUUAGCAGGAUGGGUUGUUGACAAGACUGGUAACUACAACAACAGCAUGUAUCUUGGAGGCUUCCUAAUGUUUCUUUCUGCUAUUGCUGUAUUAUUCAUUUCCUGCGUGAGAAAACCAAGAGUGCCGUUGAUGGAGUACACUUUACCAGAAAAGGCUUCUACUAUUGAUAUUAAGGAUAGAGAUCAGGAUAAAGAAAAAUGAGUCAAAUAUAAUUUCACCUUUAUGCCUUCAUUUGUUUAUAAUCCUGACUCAUUCAAACAUCAAUAGAAGUGGAAAGAGGGGUGUGCAAACGUCAUUUAUUUAUAUUUGAUAUAACUGACAGUAGAGUGAGAUGCAUGUAGCAUGGUGCUGUUUUCAAGAAUCUUAAUAUCAGUUGUCAGCUUCAUUCUCUUCCUUGAUGAAGAUGUUCUAACACAUACAUAUAAGUUUAUAGUUAUUUUCAAUCCUAGAAUCAACCGGAGGACCAGAUUGAAAGGAUACAAUGAACCCUUUACAGUUCAUAGUUUCUUUUUUAACCACUCAAAUCAGUCUGGUCUUUCAUUUGUAAAUAAUUGACUGAACUGCACACAGUUAAAGGAUGUUGCACUUAAUGGCAUUUGCAAGACUUUUUUUCUGCACGUUUCAGUAUUGGUUUAUUGAAAGAAAUCUAUGUAGGCAGCACUAUAAAUUUUAUUGUUUUCAACUCAAAGGAUUAAUUUCAACUCUAUCAAUCUUUAAAUUAACAUUGUAUAUUUAUACACAUUAUUUACUUUCAUUAAGUUUAAAUUUGUCUUUCUUGCAAAGCAUGGUAUUUUUUAAGUCAGCAAGAGAAUUGUCUUUGAUGUACUACCAGAAGGCUGGGCAUAAAUCAAACAUAUAUCAUGGUUAUGGCAUGAUGAUGAUGACCAUGAUUCUUAUACUGCACAAGGUGUAGCUAGAAACUACUUGAGAGUGAAUUUUUCAAGUAUUUAUGGAUAAACAGCAGAUCAUUCUAUAUAUAUAUUUGUAUGCGUAAGAGAGAGAAUUUCCUCAGAGUAUACUAUACAUGCUAUGCAAACCAUUUGAUUAUUAUCCGGUGUUUAACCCUCUGUUUUUUGCGAUACACAGCAUUUUUGAAGUUGAUUUUUUAACAAGUGAAAUGGUUACAUAAUGCAAAAUAAAAAUCUGUUUACUUUUGAA